AUUCUCGUACCAUGCAUGCAUGUUCAAAACGAAAGUCGAUCUUGAAACCAGCAGAAGCGGCCGGUGGUAGUGUGUGAGGUCUGAUCGAGAGAAGGCCGCCAUGGAACAAUGGUGCUUUAAGAAACGCGCAGCUCUGGUGAUUGUGGUGGUCAUCACCUCGCUGCUGCUCCUAACAAUUGCUCAAGCUGCUGCUUCCGGACACCAGCAUCCAUCAUCUUGGUCCACGCUGAACAAGGCGCGCAAGCUUCUGCUCAACACCACUGGAGGAGACGACGACGAGGUGUCGUCGUCGUUGCCGGCCGGCGGCGUCGUCUCGGACGGGUGUUCAGGGGAGGACGUGGUGGUGUACCAGAGCAGCGCCAACCCUCUGCCGAGCGGCAUCCCGGCCUACACCGUGCAGAUCAUCAACGUCUGCAGCGGAGGGUGCACCGUGUACGACGUGCACGUCUCCUGCGGCGACUUCGCCUCCACGGAGCUCGUCGACCCGGCCAAGUUCCAGCGCGUCAGCUUCAACGACUGCGUCGUCAAGGGCGGUGGCGCGCUCGAGCCCAGCGAGACCGUCUCCUUCCAGUACUCCAACUCAUUCUCCUACCACCUCACCGUCGCCUCCGUCGCCUGCCAUUAAUUAAUUAGCAGAUCUCGAUCACUACUACAAUAAGCUAAGUCGUCAUCGUCGCCGCUGUCGUCGUCGGAGUCGGAGAUACAUACAUAUGAAUGCAUGCAUGCGGCCCGCCAGUGUGCUGUAUGCUGCUUUUGCUGUGUGUAAGUGUGUUAGUAGCUAGCUAGCUAGCUCUAUGUUGUUGCUGCUACUGCUGCUGAGUAGUCUAUCUGCACUUUACUAAUUCGCAUUGUGUGUGUCGAUCGCUGUCGUCGUUAUGUUUUUAUUUACGUCUAAUAUGAUAUAUAUAA